AUGAAUAAAAUUCCGGUUGUUGAUAUAUCUCAAUUACUAGUAGAAUCUUCAUUCAAUGAAGAAAGUAAACUAGAUGUGUCACGUGCAAUUCGACAUGCAUGUGAGACAGUUGGAUUUUUUCAAAUUGUUGGUCAUGGUAUUGAUCCACAAAUUUUCGAUUCAUUAAUAGAAGAAGUUCGUCGCUUUUUUAAUCAAACUUCAGAAGAAAAACAAGAAUAUGCUGUGAAUAAAUGGAAUUCAAAAAAUAAAAAUGUAUAUCGUGGCUAUUUUCCAUCGGCAAUCAAUGGAAAAGAAGGAUUAGACUUGUCAUCGCCAUAUCUUGAUCCUGAACAUGAACGUGUAAAAUCAGGUGAUUCAUUACAUGAAGUCAAUCUAUGGUCACUGAAAGGAAUAUUAACUGAAUAUUGGGAUCAUAUGUGGCGUAUUGGAGUUGAACUAAUGCGUGCCGUAGCGCGUGCAUUUGACUUGGAUCCUUCAUAUUUUGACACAUUGCUCGAUGAUCGAUCUUCAGGUGGUGCUGGUUCUCUUUCUACUUUACGUUUUAAUUUCUAUCCAAAACAAGACAAUUCUGUUAUAGUAUCAGUAGAUUCUAAUAGUAGUCAAGCUUUAUCAUGUGAAGAACAUUGUGAUGGUAGUAUUUUUACACUUCUCUAUCAAUAUAAAACCGGGGGUUUACAAGUUGAAAUACCCGAUGGAACAUGGUUUGAUGUACCUGUGACGUCUUAUGGCCUUGUUGUGAAUUCAGGCCGAUGUUUAGAACGAUGGACAAAUGGACUUUUAAAAUCAGUAAAUCAUCGAGUCAAAUUCUUGAAAGAAGAACGUAUUUCAAUUCCAUUCUUUCUCGAAGCAUGUUAUUCAACGCCGAUUGCCGUACUUCCGACAAUAGUUGAGCCACUGAAAUAUGAGCCCAUUAUGUACGGACAAUAUAUCAUAGAAAGUAAUAAACAAUUCAAAGAAUAUCAACGUGACAAGGAUAAGCUGAUUUGA